AGAAUAGCAGGCUUUAAUUUAAAUUCGUAUUAAAAACAUCACAAAUUUCGAAAUGAAAAUAACUUGGCAAACGUUUCCUAAAUUGCUAAUUGUGGUGCCUGUGCUGCACUUUUACCUGGCCCACUGCGUUCAGGCCGAAUCUGAAGAGCACAAGCGUCGCAAGGAGUCGGAGCAACCCAAAGUCCAGGAUACAAUUAUUGCCUGGCUGAUGAAGCAGGAGAAUUAGCUGCUCACCCUGUACGGAAGGAAGCUCGGUGGCGAGGAAGUAAAUGCUCGCAAAUUACCCCAAGCCAAAAACUUAUCGACAAGCGUCGCUCGCAACUGAAACGGAAGCAGAAAGUCAAGGUGCAAAACCAAAAAUCAU